AUGUACGUAACAGAUGUUGAACAAAUGUUUUAUAGAUUCAGGGUUUCUACAAAGCAUCGAGAUUUUCUGAGAUUCUUCUGGUAUAGUGAAAAUAACCCAGAUAAAGACCUCACUGAAUACAGAAUGUGUGUACACGUUUUUGGCAAUAGUGCCUCUCCUGCAGUUGCAACAUAUGGCUUAAGGAAGGCAGUCCAAACUGCAGAUGAAGAUGUGAAACAAUUUGUGCAAAGAGAUUUCUAUGUUGACGAUGCGUUAACAUCAAGACCAACAUCUCGCGAAGCUAUAGAACUGUUGAAGAAAACACAAACUGCCUUGAAGAAAGGAGGAAAUAUAAGAUUACACAAGGUUGCUUCGAACGACUUACAGGUUUUGGGCGCUUUUCCUCCUGAAGACUUAGGAGGCGAAUUGAAAUCAUUAGAUUUUGGGACGGAUGUUCUACCAACACAACGCAGUCUCGGUUUGGUUUGGGAUCUUAAGAAAGACCACUUCGUGUUCAGUGUUCAGUUAGGUGAAAAGCCUGUUACAAGAAGAGGUGUUCUCUCCAUGAUAAACAGUAUAUAUGAUCCGCUCGGGUUUAUUGCUCCAAUAACCAUCACAGGGAAAAUUCUUCUUCGUGAAGCUAUUUCGUCCGGUCUUGAUUGGGAUGUUCCAUUGUCUACAGACCAUGUUACUAAAUGGCAGGAAUGGAGGGAAUCUGUUGAAAAAUUGCAGACUAUAAGUAUUCCACGCAUGUUCACUCAGUUUUCAUACAGUCUCGCUACCGGUGUCUCUGUCUCAAUCUACUCUGAUGCUUCAGAAAAGGCAAUAGCUUCUGUAUCGUACCUCAACUUGACCGAUUCUGAAGGUUGUGUACAUUCUGGCUUUCUUCUUGGCAAAGCUAAAUUAGCACCAAUGAAAGGACACAGUAUUCCCAGACUCGAAUUGUGUGCCGCAGUUCUUUCUACAGAAAUAGCAGAGAUUGUAUCAGUACAGUUAGAUAUUCCGCUGAGUGAAAUGAUCUUUUAUACAGAUAGCAAAGUGGUUUUAGGGUACAUAUACAAUAAGACUCGUCGAUUCUACACAUAUGUCAGUAAUCGUGUUGAAAGAAUACUCAAUGUUACAAGAACUGAACAAUGGAGAUAUGUUUCAACAAAUAAAAAUCCCGCAGAUCUUGCCACAAGAUGUUCCUCUGUGUCACUGGAUAGCGUUUGGAUCAAAGACGUGUCAUAG